AUGGCGAGUAUUAUUGACUCGUUCAAUCUAUUCAAUUUACCAGAGACAGUGGAAAAAUUCUUGUUCCCUUCUUCUCAUCAUAGCCAUGACUACACUCGAGAGGGCAGGGUAGUUUCAAACAUUCCAGUGGAUAUUUUGGACAAUCCCAAAGAGUAUGUGUUCUUCAUGGAUGUUCCGGGUCUCUCCAAAUCUGAAAUUCAAGUAACAGUAAAAGAUGAGAACGUACUUGUUAUUAGGAGCAACGGGAAAAGGAAACGUGAAGACGGUGAUGAUGAAGGUUGCAAGUACCUGAGGCUGGAGAGGAGAGCACCACACAAAUUGCAAAGAAAGUUUCGGCUGCCUGAGAAUGCUAACCCCUCCGCCAUUACAGCCAAAUGUGAGAACGGAGUUCUUACGGUUACUUUUGAGAAACACUCUCCACCACCGAAAUCUGAAACAGUUGAAAUUGUCAUUGUUUGA